AUGAAUUUUCAUGCAAUAUUUCUUCUUGUACUUUCAAUUUGGCUGAAACAUUCUGAUGGACUACAUGAAGACUUUGUUAAGUGCAUGUCCAUGCCCAUCAAUUCUACUAGCAAAAUCAGUAUUUCCAAAUACAUUCACACCCCAAACUCCCAAUCAUACAAAAAUCUACUCCAAUCUGCUGAGCAAAAUCCAAGAUGGUACAAUUCCACAACUCGUAAACCCCUUUUCAUUGUUACACCAUAUAGCGAAAUUGAAAUUCAAGCAGCCAUUUUGUGCAGUAGAAAAAAUGGGCUGCAGAUUAGAGUGAAGAGUGGCGGUCAUGACUAUGAAGGCCUCUCAUUUCUCUGCAAAAACCCUUUUGUAAUCAUUGAUCUAAUUAAUCUUCAUGCGAUUUCUAUCAAUUUGGAGGAUGAAACUGCGUGGAUUCAAUCAGGGGCAACUCUUGGAGAACUUUACUAUGCUAUUUCGCAUAAAAGUAGCGUCCAUGGAUUUCCAGCAGGACUUUGUCCCAGUGUUGGAGUUGGCGGGCACUUUAGCGGAGGUGGGAUUGGUACCAUGAUGAGAAAACAUGGCCUUGCAGCUGAUAAUAUUCUAGAUGCUUAUAUAGUUGAUGUUAAUGGGCGAAUCCUUGAUAGAAAAGCAAUGGGAGAAGGUUUGUUCUGGUCUAUCAGAGGCGGGGGAGGAGCUAGUUUUGGUGUAAUAUUCUCCUGGAAGAUCAAAUUGGUUCGCGUUCCAAACAUUGUAACGGUUUUUACCAUGCAAGAGAAGUUGGAUCAAGACGGAAUGAAGCUGGUCGAAAAAUGGCAAGAAGUUGCUCCAAAGCUACCUUUAGAUUUAUUCAUUCGAGUAGUCAUCCAAAAUGGUGAGAAUCAAACUGUUGUAGCGUUAUUUAACUCACUGUUUUUAGGACCAAAAGAGAAGCUGGUUCCAUUGAUGAGCGAUAAAUUUCCCGAGUUAGGUUUACAGACACAGAAUUGCAAUGAGAUGAGUUGGAUUGAAUCUGCCCUGUACUUUGCAGGGUUUUCAAAAGGGCAAGCUUUGGAAGUUUUAUUGAAUAGGACUGUUCAAUACAAGAGCAAGUUCAAGGCAAAGACAGAUUUUGUCGUCCAACCAUUACCAGAAAGUGUACUGAAGGAAAUAAGCGAAAGAAUUCCUGAAGAACAGUUAGUUUAUUUGAUUUUGGAUCCUUUGGGAGGAAAAAUGGAUGAAAUAUCAGAUUAUGAAAUCCCUUUUCCCCACAGGAAGGGAAAUUUGUACAACAUUCAGUAUUUGGUGAAAUGGGAAGAAAAUGGCCUUGAAGCAUCGACAAGUCAAAUAAAUUGGAUUGGAGACUUGUACGAAUAUAUGAAGCCAUAUGUGUCCAAAUCUCCUAGGGCUGGUUACAUUAACUACAGGGAUCUUGACUUGGGAAUCAAUUUGAAAGAAAAUGCAAGCUACUCACAAGCUAAAAUAUGGGGGAAGAAAUAUUUCAAAGGUAAUUUUAAGAGAUUAGCCAAUGUGAAAAGCCAGGUGGAUCCGGGGAACUUCUUCAGCAGUGAACAAAGCAUUCCACUUCUUGUACACUGA